CUAUUUACUCUACUCCCCUCCUACCUUCUAAAAAUCAAGCAUCACCUCUCUCUCUCUUCUUUUCCCUUUUCAACUUUGUUAGCUGCAAAUCCUGCGAAAUUAAUUUUUUCCCCAAAUUUUGGAUACUUUACAUAUUAUAUAAUAUAUAAAAACAAAAACAAAAAACUGUGUAAUUUGUUUUUCUUGUAAAAUUAUUUGUCUGGGUGAGUUCGGGAGGUGUAUUGUAUUUGUAUUUAUACAAUUAUACCCAACUAAAGAAUAGGCUGCAGUAUUUGUUCUUUAUCUUUGGUAAAUAGUUGAGUUUGAUUGAUUUUGCUUCUUCUUUUUUAGGAAAAAAAAAAGAUUUUUGCUUGGGAAGUUUGUGUUUAUAUUUCUGUGUUUCUCCUAGAAAUUUAAGAAAUAGAUAUAUAUACUUGGAAUGGAAGGAAAGAAAUACUACUGAACUUUUUUUUUCCCUUGAGGUCUUCUUGAUUAUAGCAUUGAAAAAGACAAUAUUGACUGCGUGUCGGUGGGUGGGUUCUGCAUAAAAUUGAACAUUAUCAAUCAAGGCCAAAAUUUGGACCCUUUUUAUUAGGUUAAGAUUGGAUUGAGGGAAUCUAGAGAAAAAGAAAAAUGAAGCUCAUUGUGGGCGUAAUUGAAGCAAGGAACAUACCAGCCAUGGAUGUAAACGGCUUCAGUGAUCCCUACGUCAAGCUUCAGCUUGGGAAACAGAGGCACAAAACCAAAGUGGUGAAGAAGACGUUGAACCCAAGUUGGGGAGAGGAAUUUAGUUUCAAGGUCGAGGAUUUGAAUGAGGAGCUUCUUAUCACCGUCUUGGAUGAGGAUAAGUAUUUCAAUGAUGACUUUGUGGGUCAGCUUAAAGUCUCCGUUUCCCAGGUUUUCGAUGCUCAUAAUAAAUCUCUUGGCACUGUUUGGUAUUCCCUUCACCCUAGGAAUAAGAAGUUGAAGAACAAGGAGUGUGGUGAAAUACUUCUAAAUAUCUAUUUUUCCCAAAACAAUUCAUACUUGGACUCGACUUAUAAUGGUGAUCAUGCAUCAGCAUUGAGGAAGCAUGAAGACAUGGAUGUUAAGGAUAUUUCUAGGUCUUUUAGUGGUUCAUCAAGCUCCUCUUCUCCGCCGAGACUAGAUGAUAAUGUGUCUUCCAAGGAAGAGAAAUCAAGUGCACAAAAAUCCCUAGCAGGUCGAAUCACUCAAAUGUUUAAUAGAAAUUUUGACAUUGGUCCUACUACAUCCACUAGGGGCAAUGAUUUGAUGGAGAUACCUGAAAUUUCAAGAGCUGAUGUUUUUGAUAACAAGUCUGAUGAUCAGUCAUCGUCUUUUGAGGAAGCGAUGGAAGCAUUGUGUUCCCGAGAUCAGGGAAGUGAAAUUCCGAGUAACUUACCUGGAGGAGUGCUUCUAGAUCAAUUAUAUGUGAUUGCGCCAAAAGAACUAAACUUUCUACUUUUUUCACCUGAUUCAAGUUUUCCUAGGUCAUUAGCAGAGGUGCAGGGAUCUACAGACCCACAAAUUGGGCCUUGGAAAUUUGAGAAUGGUGGUGAGAGUUUGAAAAGAAUUUAUUCUUACGUCAGGGCUCCAACCAAAUUAAUUAAGGCUGUGAAAGCCACUGAGGAGCAAACAUAUAUAAAAGCUGAUGGGAAGACUUUUGCCGUUUUAGCGUCUGUGAGCACUCCGGAUGUUAUGUAUGGGAGCACUUUCAAAGUCGAAGUGCUGUACUGCAUUAGUCCUGGACCUGAGCUCCCAUCUGGAAAAGAAUCUUCCCAUUUGGUGAUUUCAUGGCGGAUGAACUUCUUGCAGAGCACACUGAUGAAAAGUAUGAUAGAAAAUGGAGCCCGGCAGGGUCUGAAGGAAAGCUUUGAGCAAUUCACUACUCUACUAGAGCAGACUAUUAAGCCAGUUGAUUCAAAGGAUUUUGGGUUGAACAAAGAACAGAUUUUGGGAUCAUUGCAGGCUGAACCCCAGUCAGAUUGGAAGUUGGCAGUCCAGUACUUUGCUAAUUUUACUAUGGUUUCUACAGUUUUUAUGAGCUUAUAUGUAAUAGUCCAUAUCUGCCUAGCUGCACCCAGUACAAUUCAAGGACUAGAGUUUUUAGGGCUUGAUUUGCCUGAUUCAAUUGGUGAAUUUAUUGUGUGUGGUAUUUUGGUUCUUCAAGGUGAAAGGGUGUUGCAGUUAAUCUCCCGCUUCAUGCGUGCCAGAGUGCAGAAAGGGAGUGAUCAUGGAGUGAAAGCACAAGGGGAUGGAUGGUUACUAACAGUUGCCUUGAUUGAGGGAAGUAAUUUAGCUGCUGUAGAUUCAAGUGGUUACUGUGAUCCAUAUGUUGUGUUCACUUGCAACGGGAAAACUAGAACCAGCUCAAUCAAGUACCAGAAAUCUGCUCCCCAGUGGAAUGAAAUAUUUGAAUUUGAUGCAAUGAAAGAGCCUCCUUCCGUACUGGAUUUAGAAGUUUUUGAUUUUGAUGGGCCUUUUGAUGAAGCUACAUCUUUGGGACAUGCUGAGGUUAAUUUUGUAAGAUCUAAUAUAUCAGAUCUAGCUGAUGUGUGGGUUCCUCUGCACGGUAAGUUGGCUCAGGCAUGCCAGUCUAAGCUGCACUUGAGAAUUUUUGUGGAAAAUACAAGAGGUGGAAAUGUGGUUACAGAGUACUUAAGAAAGAUGGAGAAAGAAGUGGGGAAGAAGAUAAAUGUGAGGUCCCCUCAAACGAAUUCAGCCUUUCAAAAACUCUUUGGGCUUCCACCAGAGGAAUUUCUCAUAAAUGACUUUACCUGUCACUUGAAACGGAAAAUGCCUCUGCAGGGUCGCCUGUUUUUAUCACCAAGAAUAAUUGGGUUUCAUGCCAAUUUAUUUGGCCACAAGACAAAAUUCUUCUUCCUUUGGGAAGACAUUGAAGAUAUUCAAGUUCUUCCACCUACUUUGGCAUCAAUGGGCAGUCCAGUUAUUGUUGUGACUCUCCGUCCAGGAAGAGGGAUGGAUGCUAGACAUGGUGCAAAGACUCGAGAUGAGGAAGGCAGGCUGAAGUUCCAUUAUCAGUCUUUUGUAUCUUUCAAUGUAGCUUAUCGAACAAUCAUGGCUCUGUGGAAAGCCAGAGCCUUGAGCCCAGAACAGAAAGUGCAAAUAGUUGAAGAAGAGUCCGAGGCAAAAAGCCUCCAAAGUGACGAGAGUGGAUCUUUCUUAGGCCUUGAGGAUGUCAGUAUGUCUGAGGUUUAUUCCUGUGCUCUUCCUGUUCCCACUGGUUUCUGCAUGGAGUUAUUUAGUGGUGGUGAAUUGGAGUAUAAAGCUAUGAAGAAAGCUGGCGGUCUUGACUAUUCUUGCACUCCAUGGGAACCAGAAAAUGUUGAUGCAUACGAGAGGCAAAUAUGUUACAAAUUCGAUAAGCGUGUAUCCCGCUAUAGAGGAGAGAUGACUAGUACUCAGCAGAAAUCCCAACUUCCCAAUAAGAAUGGUUGGCAUAUUGAAGAAGUUAUGACUCUCCAAGGUGUUCCACUCGGGGACUAUUUCAAUAUUCACCUUAGAUACCAAAUCGAGGACUUGCACUCAAAAGCAGAGGGAUGUCAGGUGCGAGUAUUUUUUGGAAUUGCAUGGUUGAAAAGCACAUGGCAUCAAAAAAGGAUAACCAAAAACAUCAUUUCAAAUCUACAACAACGCUUGAAGGUGAUUUUUGGUGUCGUUGAGAAGGAAUUUAGUAGAAGAUAGUGCACGACUGGCAUUGCUGAUAUAUGAACCAGAUUGGCAGAUGAACGUAAAUCAUCUUCGGAAAGUUAUCACAUUCUUUGGUUGGUAUUCUUUAGUGCUUUUUUAUGUUUAUGGAAUUGAGAUCUAUCCACAUUCCCAUAUAGCUGUGAGCUGCACACGAGUAUCUCACUCAAAAGUAAAAUUCCAAACUUUUGCUUGAAACCGAACCUGAAAAUUGUUGGCUGGCAAGCAGAUUACACGGCUUUAACUUGUUUUUCAAAUGUAGCUGAAUUUGAUGCUUGUAGGGACCGAAGCCCCUCAUUGAAGCAGGCUGCCAAAGUUACAGUCGUUGGGAAAUAUAGGCGUUUUGUGGCUGCUUUAACCAUGUUGGGCCGAAGAUAUGAUCUUUGUUGUUCGUUUGAUUAUUUACUAUCGUUGUAUUCUUGAAAAUUAGAAUAGAGUUGCGAAGUGCAACUGUUGUUUCUUGACUAACUGCUGUGAUCAUAAUUUAAAUGCAAAAAGAAAAAAAGGAAGAAUAAAUGAAAUUUUUACACUGUAAA